UAAAGACAGAUUGACAGAGGGACACAGAAAGAGAAGGGCCUUCUGGACCAACACUCUCUGGCACGGAAUAAUGGGAACCUUUAAGAAUUUUAUCUUCACCUUAACCUUGUACCUGCUGCAGGGGGUAACUGCUUCCCUCAUUCAGCUGAAUAAUAAUGGCUAUGAAAACAUUGUCAUUGCCAUUGACCCAACUCUGCCAGAGGAUGAUAAACUCAUUCAACACAUAAAGGACAUUGUGUCAGAGGCUUCAAUUUACCUAUACAAGGCUACAGAAAAAAGAUUUUACUUCAAAGCAGUAUCCAUCUUGAUUCCUAAGACAUGGCAGACAAAACCAGACUAUGAGAAACCGAGACUUGAGACUUACAAAAAUGCAGACAUCAUCAUUGAAGUCCCUAAUCCCCCAGGCAAUGAUGUUCCACGAACUGACCACUUUGGACAGUGUGGAGAGAUUGGACAGAGAAUUCAUCUAACUCCUAACGUCGCAUUAGGGAAAAAGUUGGAUGAGUAUGGACCACCAGGUAGAAUUUUAGUUCAUGAAUGGGCCCAUUUGCGGUGGGGAGUAUUUGAGGAAUACAAUGAAGCCGAGCCUUUCUACCAGUCUAAUGGAAAAAAUGUACCAGUAAAAUGUUCUGAAGGUAUCACUGGUGCAAAUAAGGCAUAUACAUGUUCUGGAGGCAGCUGUUCAGUCACAUCAUGCACAACAGAUCCCAAAACAGGAAAGUUUGACAAAGACUGUAUUUUCUUACCUGACAAAGUUCAGACUGAGAAAGCCUCCAUCAUGUUCAUGCAAAGCAUCAAUUCUGUGGUUGAAUUUUGUACAGAAAAGAACCAUAACAAUGCUCCAAAUGCUCAAAACCAGAAGUGCAGCCUCAGGAGCACAUGGGAAGUGAUCCAAGAUUCUGAAGACUACAAGGCUUCCACUCCGAUGACAGCAGCACAGCCACCCCAGCCCACCUUCUCGCUGAAACAGAUCCGAGAAAGGAUCCUGUGCCUAGUUCUGGAUAAGUCUGGAAGCAUGGCGAGUGAGAACCGGCUAAAUCGCCUGAAUCAAGCCUCCAAACAUUUCCUGCUUCAGAUCAUUGAACGUGGAUCCUGGGUUGGGAUGGUCACAUUUCACAGUGCAGCCUCUGUCAAAAGUGAACUGGUACAGAUAGAGACAGAUGCUCAGAGGAAUACCCUCAUUACCAAGUUACCUGCUUUCGCUUCAGGAGGAACAUCCAUCUGCUCUGGACUCAGAUCAGCAUUUCAGGUAAUAGGAAAGAAAUUCUCAACAGAUGGUUCAGAAAUUGUCCUUCUGACUGAUGGAGAAGACAAUACACUCAGCACAUGUUUUGAUGUAGUGAAGCAAAGUGGGGCCAUCAUCCACACAGUUGCUCUGGGACCAUCUGCAGCCAUAGAUCUGGAGAAGCUGUCAAAGAUGACAGGAGGUGUGCAGACAGCUGCUACAGACAAUGUCCAGAACAAUGGGCUCAUUGAUGCAUUCAGUGCCCUCUCAUCAGCAAAUGGACUGAUCACUCAACGGUCUGUCCAGCUUGAGAGUAAGGGAGCCACUCUGAAGGAUGGGGAAUGGUUGAAUGGCACAGUUACUGUUGACAGCACAGUAGGCAAUGACACACUAUUUCUUGUCACGUGGACAGCACAACAACCCCAAAUGUUUGUCUCAGACCCCAGUGGGAAAAUCUAUGAUACUUUUUCGGUGGAUGCAAAUUCCAAAAUGGCAUACCUCAAAAUACCAAACACUGCUAAGGAUGGAAUUUGGACUUAUAGCCUUAUGUCAAGUGCACAAACCGUGACUCUGACAGUGACCUCCCGUGCUGCAGAUUCUAAUGUAAUCCCUAUUACAGUGGAUUCUAAAAUGAAUAAAGACACCAGCACCUUCCCUAGUCCAAUGGUUGUUUAUGCAGAAGUUCACCAAGGAUCCCUGCCUAUUAUAGGAGCCACUGUAACAGCCCUCAUUGAAUCAGCUGAUGGAAGGACAGUGACUCUGGAACUUCUGGAUAAUGGUGCAGAUCCUGAUGCUUUCAAAAACGAUGGUGUCUAUUCAAGGUAUUUCAGAUCCUACAAAACAAAUGGUCGAUACAGCUUAAAAGUGAGAGCCCUGGGAGGAACAAGCACCCAAAUGUCAAGACCCCAAGUGAAUGGAGCCUUUUAUGUACCAGGUUGGAUAGAGAAUGGAGAAGUAAAAAUGAAUCCACCACGACCUGAAUUUAAUGCCAAUGACCUUCAAGGCAAGCAAGUAUCUUUCAGCAGAACAGCAUCAGGAGGUUCAUUUAUAGUAACCAAUAUUCCAAGUGGCUCUAUUCAAGAUGUAUUCCCACCAUCUCAAAUCACUGACCUCAAGGCUCAGAUAGAAGGAAAUCGAAUUAAUCUGACAUGGACAGCUCCUGGAGAUGACUAUGAUGAUGGUCAAGCCCAAGAGUACAUCAUACGAAUGAGUGAAAAUAUCCUUGACCUACGGGAUAAGUUUGAUGAUGCUCUCCAAGUGAACACUACUCACCUGACACCUAAGGAGGCCAGCACCCAGGAAUUCUUUGUGUUUGAGCCAAAAGGCAUCAAUCUGGUAAAUGGCACCAACAUCUGCAUUGCCAUCCAGGCUGUUGAUAAAGCAAAUCUGAAGUCCAAAUUAUCCAACAUUGCACAAGUAUCUGUAUUUAUACCUCCAGAGGAGACCCCUUGUAGUGGCAGUCACAUCUAUAAAAUAAUGUUGAAGUGGCUGGGUGAGCUGCAGGUGACGAUACCGAAGUAAAGGGCCUUAUGUAUAGAGGCCUGAAGCUCAGGUUUUGUGAGAGGAGUACAAAUCCAGUUUUUCUUCUGGCUUUGUCCCACCUCAUCCAUUCCCCUUUUGAUUAUAAACAUUUCUCAGAUGUAUUCCUGAUUGCCGGGUGUGAAGGAAACAUUGACAUGUGGAUGAUGUAACACAAAAUAUCUGGAUGUGUAUGUGAAAGGACUAUUUAGCCAAGUGUGACAAUUAUCACCUUUUUAUUCACUAUCCUGCCCACUGACAAAUAAAGUCUACUCUCAUUUACCA